GCAACACACACGAGAGUGUGGUGCGUCCUCCCUCGCGCGCCAAGUGCCUAGGAGAGAAAGCGCAGCGACAAAGCCGAGCUAAGCUCUCGGCCUUUCCCGACCGACCGUAGGCGCAGUCUCUCGUCGUCAGUCUUUCCCGUCUCGAGUCACGAGACGGUACACUUCCGGCAUUAGAUCCACCUUGGAGCGUCGUCCGCCCUCGUCUCGCCGCCCUUAGCUCGUCCCUGGUCAUCGACCUGUCACGUUGUCCGGUUCUCGUGAUCCCGCCGUGUAUCCGUGGUGAUAUCAGUGGCCGCUUCCGUUCGCGUGGUGCAAGAUUCUUAUCGACGCGCGGAAUAACAAACACGGCCGCUUAGCACGUUUCCUCACACGCUCCUUUACCCUUUUGCUGGUAAACGCGCCUCGUGCUCCGCACUGUGUGCCGCCGUCGAGCCGCGCCGCGCGACUGUAAAACCGAGCCUGACAGAAGAGCGUGAGAAGCAUGGUGGAUCAACAGCAGACGGAGCAGCAACAGGAAGCCGUGCCAAGCGUGGUGGAGCUGAACGUGGGCGGCGUAUUUUAUACCACCGCGCUCACCACCCUCACCCGGGAGGGCGAUUCUCAUCUCGCGGCUUUGUUCUCCGGUAAAAUACCGGUGGAGAAGGACGCCAAGGGGAAAUACUUUCUGGACCGCGACGGGGUACUCUUCCGCUACGUCCUCGAUUUCCUUCGCAAUCAGGCGCUCGUCCUGCCGGAAGGGUUCCGAGAGAAGGAACGGUUGAAGCAAGAGGCGAAUUUCUACGGGCUACCAGGUCUGGAACGUGCCAUUCUGGAGAACGGCGGCAAGUCUUCCGGUUCUACGACCUCGUCGGAGAAGAGAGCGCCCGGGUAUAUAACCGUCGGAUAUCGUGGCAGCUUUGCGUUCGGUCGCGAGGGUCUGCCGGACGUGAAGUUCCGGAAGCUAUCGAGGAUCCUCGUUGGUGGUCGCGUCACCCUUUGCAGAGACGUGUUCGGGGAAACUUUGAACGAGAGCCGCGACCCGGACCACGGCACCAGGGAUCGUUACACCUCGAGAUUCUUCCUAAAGCACAACUUCGUCGAGCAGGCUUUCGACAUGCUUCAAGAACAAGGAUUUAAACUGGUCGGUAGCUGCGGCUCAGGCACCGCCGGCAGCAAUUCAGAACAGUUGAAGCCCGGAGUGGACUCUGAGGAGAAUCGUUGGAAUCAUUACAACGUGUUCGUCUUCGUCCGGGAGUAAACAGAAUUCAUCGUUCUUCCUUGGUAUGAAUUAGAUAAUCAGUCGGAUCUGUUACGAGUAAUCGGUGUCCUUUCGACGCGAUCCACGGUGAUCCAACAGUUGUCGGCGUUCAAACGGAAUCCUCGAAUCGGGGAAUUAGUUUAUCGAAGACUUCUACUCACGGGACGAGAUCGCAACCGGUAGGACAAAGAGUAGAUGAAUUUUCUUAUCGUUACGACCAUUUGCAUGUACCGAUCGAACUCAUCUGAGCUGUCGAACGAUGAACAAGUUCCACGGUCGUUCCUUAGACCGGGAAGAUUCAUCGAAAGACACGUAACAUUGUCGGUAGUUGGACAAUGCGCGUUUACGAAUCGGAAUUAAUAGAUCUGUCUCCGACACGAGUACUUGAAUAUCGGUCGGAACGGCGAAACAAAGCCAAGCUCAUUCUGCUUAAUUCCGCGGUAAUUGGCCGCGAUACGAACACCGAAGGGGAACAGAAACUUGGGAAACGAUGAAGGAAACAACCGCUGGCUCGUCGGACCGACGUUUAUUUCAACGUUUCACUAGCCGGAGAAGAGUGUGAAAAUUUUAUUGACCUGCCAGGCGAGAACCUCUGACGACCAAGAGAAAACGGAACAUGUUGGACAAUAGAAAAUCAAUAUUUAAUCGUCGGAUUCAGACAAAAGUUUAAACGAGAGGUACUUCCGGUCUUUUUAUCUUUUCUUCAGUAAUCGUUGUUGCUGUUGUAAUUCAAUUCAGGCUCGCUGAACGUCAGAAGAAUGCCAGCUGGAUGAUAAUGCCGGAAUUCUCAAACAAUGAGAGAAGACGCAGGAACGUUCUUUCCCAUUUUCCACCCGCUAAUACACAGAAGAGAGAAGAGAAACUCGUAUCGACUAAUUAACACGCACGUUUGACAAUGAUUAUUUAGAAUGAACGGAGUGUUCAUCUAUUAUUACUGUUCGUUAAUCUGUACCAACGCACGCCGUCGAAUCGGCGAACUGGAAGAAAGGAACGGAGGAUGAAUCAAGAUCCAGCUUGAAACAACAAACGACCGGUCGACGGGCUUUCUCCGGGGGUCGAACUUGAUACUGAACAGUUUGCUUGCAUGCCACUGGAAUGGGUCUCGGGUUUACCUAUCGUGUAAUGUAGAUCGUGUGUACCUACGUAUGUACAAGCUACCAACGACAGUGUUAGCACGUGUCAAGCGGCUCGAGUAACAACCACUCAUUUAUAACGCCUCUCUUUUCAAUCGUUCUUAGUUUGACUCUUAUCAGAGUUAAGCAGACGAGUGGCUUACGUUCUCGUGUUCAGAAAAUCGUAUGAUUUGAUGGAUGGAAGUGAUCGUUCGUCGUUUCUCAGGCUGUGUACAAAAUCGUUUGAUCUGUUUAUGAAAAUGGAAGUUUUAAAUGUGAAUGAGCUUCCUGUGCGACGGAAAGGGCGAAAUAGCCGUCGCGUCGCUGCGACCACGGCUAGACGAGACCUGAAUUUUCGCUGCUCCUCGGUUUUUCCUUUUUCUUUCAUGAAAAGGAACUGUUUCUAGAAUAGAUAAUACAGACGACUGUGUCGUUUGUGUUCUGUUGUGAUUUUUGUAUUCGUUAUGUUGGUUCUAAUUCAAAGGAACUAUUCUGUUGACUUUUUAAUAUAGUAUUUAAUUAAGAUUGUAUGAGUUCUUAUAUAAAAACAAAAGGAAUUAGGCAAAGGAUGGAAAUUUCAAUA